UGUUACUAGUGUGGUUGCGCCACUGACCCGUCACUAGUGUCAACUGUCAAUUAUGCGUGAUUAUUUAUUCUUUGCUUAUUAUAAUGAACUUGAUCCGUAAUGAAAACACUUAGUUGAUUGCUUCCGAACCGUCUCGCCAAAUUUACAGUAAAAUCCGCACUACGUUCUAGAAAAAUGACAAAGUUACAUAACCUCAAAAUCGUUUGUUUAUUUAUGGUAAUCGCCACAACCAGCGCCGGACUGAACCCAGUUUUGUUGAUACCAGGCGAUGGGGGCUCGCAAGUGGAAGCCAAACUCAACAAAUCGUCAGUGGUUCACUACAUUUGUGAAAAAACCACGGCAGACUACUUCAACAUUUGGUUGAACAUGGAAUUGCUAGUACCCAUAGUGAUUGACUGCUGGAUCGACAACAUCAAGCUGGUGUAUGAAAACGCGACGCGAACGACGCGCAAUAACGACGGCGUGGAGACCAGGAUACCGGGUUUCGGGGGUACAGAGACCGUGGAGUGGCUGGACCCAAGUCACGCGUCUACAGGGGCGUACUUUAACAGCAUUGUAACCACUCUAGUGAGUCUGGGGCACGAGCGAAACAAAACGAUCAAAGGGGCGCCCUACGACUUCAGAAAAGCUCCAAACGAAAAUCGGAAAUGGUUCGAGGACGUGAAGACGCUGAUUGAACAAACGUACGAAGAGAACAAUAACCAGCCUGUCAUGAUCAUAGCACACUCAAUGGGGGGCCCCAUGGCUUUAAAUCUCCUCAACAACCAAACUCAACAGUGGAAAGACAAGUACAUCAGGAGUUUGGUUACGUUGAGUGGGGCGUGGGGCGGCUCCGUGAAGGCCAUCAAAGUCUACGCAAUCGGUGACGAUCUCGGCUCCUACGCUCUCCGCGAGAGCGUCAUGCGUCAGGAACAAAUCACCAAUCCCAGUCUGGCGUGGCUGCUUCCCUCCAAGCUCUUCUGGAAACCGGACGAAAUCCUGGUGCAAACCGACCGCCAAAACUUUACCCUAUCCAACCUCCAGUCGUAUUUUAAAGCUCUUAAUUAUCCGCAGGGGUGGGAAAUGCGCAAAGACACGGAAAGCUACCAGCUGGAUUUCACUCCGCCGGGGGUGGAAGUGCACUGUCUGUAUGGCGUAAGCGUCGACACGGUGGAGCGGUUGUUCUACAAGCCGGGGACGUGGCUGGAUGGGUACCCCACUUUGAUCAACGGCGACGGUGACGGCACAGUCAACAGACGCUCUCUGGAGGGCUGCUUGCACUGGAAGACGCUCCAGAAGCAAAACGUCUUGUGGAAGGCGCUACCCACAGUCGACCACAUGCAGAUACUAAAGGACAAAAACGUGCUGGAGUAUAUUUCGAAUCUGAUUAACCAAAUUGAGUGAUAUUAUAGUAGGACUAGCUGCGAUUUUAAUGUUUUCUUCCUGUUGCUUCCUUAUUUAUUUUUUUGUACUUUAUAUUUUGUGAUAUAUACUAGAUGAAUAAUAAAAGUGUGAAGUUUGA